GGCUGAGGCUCAGCCUCGAGGCUUCAGCUGAGACUCCUUGAAACUCACGCGCCGGAUCGGCUGAUUUUUCAGAGCGCCGUGCCAGCCGUCGCGCCUCGACGCUCUACGCGCUGAGGCCAUGGUGGAAUUUGGGGGCGGCGCCGCUUUUCAGGUCUCUGAGACGGGCAGGUUCGUGAUGGAGGCGCUGGGCGCGGCUGUCAUUCCCGAGGGCGCUGACGACGCCGGCGAAGUUUUAGUGUCUGAGUGGGCUGAAGCUGAAGCCAUUCAGUGCAAUGGGCAUCGCCUCCGCCGUGCAGGGCUUGCGGUGUUCUGCGAGGUCUGCGUUGCGUGGUCAGCGGGAGGUGUAUCCAAGCAAGUAUUGGCGGACUGUUGCGGUAUCCCGAGUGGCGAAAGAAAGGGGGAAACGUUUCUUUCGAAUCUUGACUCGAGAAGGCGGCGUUUGUUGAAGGGCCUGCACCCCGAGGACAACGUCGAGCUCACCUUCCCAGCUGUUCCCCGAGGCGGGUUGGUCAAAGUUUCUGCAUCGGCGGCCUGAUGGACGUCUAUCGUGUGUAUACACUGGCCUCAGGAGAGCGACCCGUGAGGGUGUUCUGGCCAGUCAUUGGUGGCGACUGCGCUUGCCUCUCCGAAGGCCAGGAUGCGUGCCCAAUGGCCCAAGGGGGGCGACCCGAGAUGGUGUUCUGGCCAGCUGUCGGUGACGGCUGCGCUUGCCUCCCCGAAGGUCAGGGGCACGAGAGCGACCCGUGAGGAUGUUCUGGCCACUUGUUUGCGACAGGUGCGCUUGCCUCGCAUGACUCCUUUCCGAGCGGAAGCGACCCGUGAGGGGGUUCUGGCCACCUGUUGGUGGCAGGUGCGCUUGCCUUCUGCUGGGAACGGGCCUUGGACAUCGGUUUCACGCUACUAUGAUGUGAG